AUGAGCACAAACUUGCUCCACCUGCUGCCGCGACCUUCCUCCAACUGUCACCAUGACCUUCUUCCCUCCACAGCCAGAUGCCGCUGGCGACAGGCCCCCACAACCUCCAACCCCUGCUACGGCCCACCCCCACCAUCCUCUGUGCUUCUUCCCCGACAUCGCAACCAGGGCACCAACCCACCGGUUCCUAUCAUGGCACUGGAGACUCUCAUCCGUGCUUCUUCCCCGCCGCUGCAUCCAAACAUGUCCAACCACCACCGCUGCCCGUGGAAGACGAGCAUCUACCGCCGCCGCAAGAUCGACUGGAGGUCAGAGAGAUCUGCCAGAGUGGUGGAGACAGGGGUGGAGCUCAGGACUAGGGAGGAGGUGCAUCACGGUGGCGCUCAAAAUGUCACAGUGAAAAGCUUUUUUGGUGUUGUGUGA